UUGCAACUUUUUCACAUCAACACCGCCAUUUUAAUAAUCGCGACUAAAGUAAUUUUUUUGGGAAAUUUCUUGUUGAUAUAAUUGCUAUUUAGUGUAGUUUUUAAUUGUUCAAAUUGAUUAUAAUUUGUGUUCGAAGUGAUUUAGCAUAAAAUGAGUCGAGGAUUUAUGCAAUUUGGUGGAUUUUGAUGACGAUUUUCAAGAAGUGUUUUAGUGCAAUAGACUACGCUCCAUUGUGAGAGGUUUUUUUUUGUUCGGUAUCGGAGUUACAAGAGUUUCUCACCGCAUCGCAAAGUCGUCGAAAUAUUACGUUUUUUCGAUACACAGCGAAUUGAAUACUCUCGAUACACAGCUUUUAUUUUUCAAUCCGAAAAACAUUUUAAAUGAAAGAAAAUAAUACGUGAAAUAUUUUCCAAAAAGAAAAGCGAAUUUUGAUAUUGCAAAAUCGAAAUAAGAAAAUAUUUGCUAAAAUUUAUUUAAAAAAAAAUUACGGACAGAAAUUUCAUUUGAGAAAAAUUAUGGCAAGCGAUUGUGGCUGAAAAAUGAUAUGAAUCGUCGGUAUAAAAGUUAUUUAAAACGGAAAAAAAUUGGUUAAAUUGUUUUGCUUCUCAAAAAAGAAAUAAUAACCGAGAAUCGGAUUUGUUUUUUAUUUUCUUCGUUUCGUACGUCAAAAACGUAUCCAAGCAGAAUCCAUUCGGUCAAAAUUCAGUUUUGGUUUGCAUGCAAAGAGGCAACUUAUUUUGACAAGAGUUUCGGAACGAGAAAAAAGCGUACACAAAAAAUACGGAACGGAGUGGAGAAACGGCCGAACAAGAAAAGGAAUCCUAUAAUUCAUCCCGAGGAAGAAAUGUGUCAUGUAUCGUGGUGCAAUGGACUGCUGCGUCUUCGAGAGAUUAAGAAUACAUAAAUCGCCGCAGCAAUGCAUUUUCGGACAAGGCAGCCUGUACCAAAAAUGCACAUCAAAAAUACCUUCAACCUCAGUUCCAUCAUUAUUUAGCCGAAUUGUACACAUGUGGAAUUUGUACAACAAAUCUGAAACGACCAUCGUCUGUAUCCAUGAAAGCAAGUUGAAACGGAGUAUUUCGUGUGUUUAAGUGUUAAGGCAAAAAUUGCAUAUAAAAAAGAAGAAGAAAAACAAAAACUUACUAAAGAAUCAUAACAAAUAAAAAUUGAAAAAAGAAAAGAAAAAAAAGGAUUAAAAAACCGAACCAACCAACCAAAAUCAUUACGCGAGUAAAAUAAGAAAAUAUUAAGAACAUUGACGAAUAAUACAUUGGCUGCCUCGUCAUGGCCGAUCAUAUGGACGAGCAGCCACCGCAGAAGCGAGUCAAAUUGCGAAAUGAUGGAUUUCAGCAAGGUCCUCCAGAUACGUCCGAUAAUAUGCUCGAUAUUUUCGGCCUGGAAGACAAUUUACCCGAUGAACUUGUAUCUAGUGGUAAUAGUUGGGCCGACCAAUUUACUCCAAAUAAACCCCCAGCUCAAGGUCCUGGACCAGGCAAUCUUAACGGCGAAGAUCCGGGAGUUUCGAGUGUUGUUUUGCAAAGGCAAUUGCAACAGCAACAACAGCAACAACAACUGCAGCAUCUCAUGCAACAGGGAACGAUAAAAGGAAAUAUAAAUGCACUCACAAUGGGCCAACUGAACAACAAAAGCCCAAAUCUUCAGUCAACCUUAGUUCAAUCCAGUAUGCCAAAUACACUUGGCGUCGGAAUGAAUUCAAUGCCACUAUCAAUAGCAAACAAUGGUACUCAGCCGUUGAGUACGAUGCAAGUUAUGAAUAGAGGAGGUGGAUCUGUCGGCGGUAUGAUUAUGACAAACAGCAAUAUGAGUGGCAUCGGUGGAGUGCCAAUGGUAGGCGGCGGAUUAGUUGUAAAUAGUCUAAAUAAACAGUCUGGUCCGUUGAUGGCACAACCAGGCCAACCGAAUCAGGGAAUGCAUCAUCCUGGUGGUAUUCCUAAUGGACCGAUGAUGGGAAGAGUAAAUGUACAACAGGGACAGCCCGGACAUAUGGGACCGCGUGCACACAUGAUGGGCGGACCGAGAAUGCAAGCGCCAAAUUUACAAAUGGGAAACAUGAAUUCGAUGCCAGGAGGACCUAACAAUAAUUUCGAUUAUGGCGGACCGAAUCAACAAGGUGGCCCAAAUAUAAUCACAGGAGCGCAACAACAACAACGAAUAGUUGCACCGCAGCAACGAGUCUCCAAUAUGGUUAUGCAGGGCAACAUUAUUGGUGGUCCUGGCGGCAUCAAUAUGGUUCCUGGCGGUGCAAAUAAUGAAGGUGGAAUGGCGGGAAAAGCACAACCACCAGCUCCGUCGCCCGCACAACCACAAUCUGGUGCUCCAACUGGCGCUCAGCCACGUCCAUUGUCGGCUAACCAAAAUCAAAACAACAUGGCACCUAGUGUCAAUGCAGCAGGGCCCAUUCAUGCCGAUCCGGAGAAACGAAAGUUAAUCCAACAACAACUGGUUUUGUUACUGCAUGCGCACAAGUGCGCGCGAAGGGAGAUCGAGAAUCCGAACCAGCAAUCCAAAUGCAAUUUGAAUCAUUGCAAAACGAUGAAAGAAGUUCUCGGACAUAUGACCAACUGUAAAAUGAACAAAGACUGCACCGUACCGCAUUGUUCAUCGUCGCGUCAAAUAAUUACUCAUUGGAAAAAUUGUGCACGACAAGAUUGUCCUGUGUGUUUGCCCUUAAAGCAAGCUGGUAAAUAUGCAAACAAUGCUGGACCUACUGCUGGAAGUUCACCUGCUGUGAAUCCAGUUCAACCAGACCCCACUCAACAACAGGUACAACCGCAACAACAAGGCAAUGUACAACAACAGCAGCAGCAGCAGCAACAACAACAACAACAGCAGCAGCAACAACAGCAGCAACAACAACAGCAACAACAACAGCAGCAGCAACAACAAACUGCGAAUCAAGAUAUUCGGCGAAAUUAUGAUACGCUUCUCAAUUGCCCCACAUCUUCAUCUUCAUCCUCAUCCUCAUCUAAUAUGAUGCCAUCCAAUGCAAUAACACCACAAGUAGCACAAGGUCCAAGACAAAGCCUGCGUAUGACUGCACCCAAUAUGAAUCAGGUGGUAAGGGUCAUCGUUCCUCCGAAUCAAGGACCACCAAACUCGAAUCAAAUUAUGACAAACAAUCUACUUCUACCACAAAAUGAAAUCAGUGGCAAUCAAGUGAAUCAAAUAGUUGGUACUAGUGGGCAAAGUAUGAUCCAACAGCAGCAGCAGCAGCAACAACAACAGCAGCAACAGCAACAACAACAAAAUUUACAACAGUCACAACAAUCACAGCAAAAUCAGCAGCAAGCUUUGCCGCAAACUCUUCCAUCGCAACAGCAGCAAUCCCAGCAACAAACACAACAACAAAAUCAGCAACAAAAUCAACAGCAAAAUCAACAACAAUCGCUGCCACAAGGUUUGCCCAAUCAACAACAAUCACAGCCAUCACAGCUUCAGGGACAGUCAGCGCCUCACAGUCUCUCAAACAUUCCACAAUCUGUCAACAUUCAAUUGUUUGGCGUAGAAAAUCCGAACGGACCAAGCAUUGGUCAAUUACAAAUGGGUUUUCAACCCAGUCAAGUUCAAGCUGUUCCUGUUACCGGUACAAAAGAUUGGCAUAAUUCAAUUACACCCGAUCUGCGGAACCAUCUCGUACACAAAUUAGUACAGGCAAUCUUUCCAACGCCUGAUCCAGCCGCAAUGCUCGACAAACGUAUGCACAAUUUGGUUGCGUACGCGAAGAAAGUCGAAGGUGACAUGUACGAAAUGGCAAAUUGCAGGUCCGAAUACUAUCAUCUGCUAGCGGAAAAGAUAUACAAAAUUCAAAAAGAAUUGGAAGAAAAACGCCAGAAGCGGAGAGACCAACAAAUGCAACAGCAAAUGCAACAAACGGGUGGAGCAGUCGGUGGAAUUCAACAAUCAGCGCAGCAGACCCAAGCAAUGCGACCCACCGGUCCCAGUAGUUCGAGCACGGGAAUUUCAACUGGAUCUCAAAAUGUUUUGAACAGUGCCGGUCCAACUGGAAUUGUCAAUGCAUUACGUGGCCCCAUGCCUGGAAUGAUGGGUCAACAACAAGGACCACAGCAAGGUCCUCAACAACCUAGCGGUCUAAGAAGUCAUUCACCAAGUAUGUUAGGAAUACCUCAAAAUCGAAUGCAGUUCACUGGUCAACAACAAUCACACGGUAAUAUGGUUGUUGGGCCAGGACCUAGUCCGAAUAGCCAACAAACCAAUCAGAACAUGCUUGUACCAAAUUCAGUUUUGUCACCAUUCGGACAACAACAAAAUCAACCACCUUCAACUAGCACCCAACAGCAGAACAACCAAUUUAUGAGCUCUAAUGGGCCAACCAGUAUGUCCAAUCACAAUCACAGCUUAUCGGACAUUAUAAAAUCUAGAAUGGUCAAUGUAAAUAUGGUCUCACAAAAUCAGCAAUCGAACGUUAUUCCACAAGCUCCAUCACCAUUUAGUAAUAAUCAAAUGCAACAGCAGCAAAACAACAGUACGUUCAAUAAUGGACGAACUGGUAUGCCACCAACACCAACGCAAACGGACAAUAGCGGUAAUUCAAUAAUUCCAGUUCCGAGUCCAUCGCCAAGUCUAUCUUCGAACGGACCAAUUCCAGUGAGUACACCGAAUCCGCCAAGUGUCUCAUCGCUAAUUCAGUCGGCACCGGAGCCAACGCCACCUCCGUCGCUGUUAUCUCCGUCUCAUUCAAACAGUGGUCCAAUAACAACGCCGUCGACGACGCCAACAUCGGGCAUCAUGUCUUCGAGUCAGAUGGCAACGUCAAUAGGAAAAGGUGGAUCUAGUGCAUCCGAGCGACCGUUGCAAUCAAGACCGAUGACAAAUAGCUUAUCAUCGCAACGAGCCGCAUUGGAAGCAGCAGCUCGAGAUCGGGACGAAGAUUCCCAGUCACCAGAUAACAACAAUAAAGGAAAGUGUGAAAUAAAGCAGGAGAUUGAUAUCAAAAAAGAAGGAGAUGACGAUUACAGUUCGUCGGGUGCAUCAGGCGGCGGAAAGAAUAUUAACAGCGAAAUGAAUAUCAAACAAACAAUUAAAACUGAACCGAUGGAUGUCGAUCAUUCAGAAACUAUUCAACCGAAGGAGGAAAUUAAAGACGAACCAAUGUCACCAUCCAAUUCAGAUGGCACCAAAAGUGAUACGAAACCAGUUGUUCCUCAACCAAUUCAACCAAAUGAAUUAGACAAAAAGAAGAAGUGCUUAUUCAAACCAGAAGAGCUUCGACAAGCCCUAAUGCCCACAUUAGAGAAAAUCUAUCGUCAAGAUCCCGAGUCAUUACCAUUCCGACAGCCUGUCGAUCCAAAUUCGCUUGGCAUACCGGACUAUUUUGAAAUCGUUCGGAAGCCCAUGGAUCUCAGUACCAUUCAGUACAAACUAAGCUCUGGUCAGUACUCGGACCCGUGGGAAUAUGUGGAAGACGUGUGGCUAAUGUUUGACAACGCUUGGCUGUAUAACCGAAAAACAUCCAGAGUGUAUCGAUACUGUACCAGGCUAUCGGAAGUCUUUGAACAAGAAAUCGAUCCAGUCAUGCAAGCACUAGGCUACUGCUGCGGGCGAAAGUACACCUUUAAUCCGCAAGUGCUGUGUUGCUAUGGCAAACAGUUGUGCACGAUUCCUAGAGACGCAAAAUAUUUUAGCUACCAAAAUAGAUACACCUUUUGCCAAAAAUGUUUCAACGAUAUACCUGGAGAUACUGUAACACUCGGUGAUGAACAGUCACAGUCUCAAACUCAAAUCAAGAAAGAUCAAUUCAAAGAAAUGAAAAAUGACCACUUGGAACUCGAGCCAUUUGUCGAUUGUCUAGACUGUGGUCGAAAGCAACACCAAAUUUGUGUUUUAUAUUUGGAAAGCAUUUGGCCGGGCGGUUUUGUGUGUGAUAAUUGUAUGAAAAAGAAAGGCACGAAGCGGAAAGAAAAUAAAUUCAAUGCGAAACGGUUGCCCGUUACGAAGCUGGGCAUUUACAUCGAAACGCGUGUAAAUAAUUUUUUAAAGAAAAAAGAAGCCGGCGCGGGUGAGGUUCACAUUCGAGUCCUGUCGAGUUCCGAUAAAAUGGUCGAGGUGAAGCCGGGCAUGCGAAAUCGGUUUGUCGAAUCGGGCGAACUGAAUGCUGAAUUCCCCUAUCGGGCUAAGGCACUGUUUGCAUUCGAAGAGCUGGAUGGCGUUGAUGUAUGCUUCUUUGGAAUGCAUGUCCAGGAAUACGGUUCCGAAUGUGCCAAUCCAAAUACGAGGCGAGUGUACAUUGCGUAUUUGGAUUCCGUGCAUUUCUUCAAGCCGAGGCAAUAUCGAACUGCCGUCUAUCAUGAAAUACUACUCGGUUACAUGGAUUAUGUUAAGCAAUUAGGUUAUACGAUGGCUCAUAUAUGGGCCUGUCCUCCAUCCGAAGGUGAUGAUUACAUAUUCCAUUGCCAUCCGAUCGAUCAGAAAAUACCAAAACCAAAAAGACUGCAAGAAUGGUACAAGAAAAUCCUUGACAAAGGGAUGAUUGAGCGAACUAUUCAGGACUAUAAGGAUAUUUUGAAGCAAGCAAUGGAGGAUAAACUGACGUCGGCUGCCGAACUACCUUAUUUCGAAGGUGACUUCUGGCCAAAUGUUCUCGAAGAGAGCAUCAAAGAGUUGGACCAAGAGGAAGAGGAGAAACGGAAACAAGCCGAAGCAGCUGAAGCAGCGAUUUUCAAUUCGAUGAACGACGAAAAUGAUGCCAGCGGCGACGACAAAAAGAAAGGCCAAAAGAAAGCUAAGAAAUCAAAUAAGUCUAAGGCAGCUCAACGGAAAAACAGUAAAAAGUCUAGCGAGCAACAAACUGGAAAUGAUCUCAGUGCAAAAAUAUUUGCUACAAUGGAAAAGCACAAGGAAGUGUUCUUUGUCAUUCGACUACACUCUGCGCAAUCAGCAGCUAGUUUAGCCCCAAUACAAGACCCUGAUCCGCUCAUGACUUGUGAUCUCAUGGACGGACGUGAUGCAUUUUUAACAUUAGCUCGUGAUAAACACUUCGAAUUCUCGUCGCUGCGACGUGCACAGUUUAGUACAUUGUGCAUGUUGUACGAACUUCACAACCAAGGACAAGAUAAAUUCGUGUACACCUGUAACAAUUGUAAAAAUCACGUGGAAACACGAUAUCAUUGUAGAGUCUGUGAUGAUUAUGAUCUAUGUAUCGGUUGUAAGGAGAAAAUCGGUCAUGUUCACGAAAUGGACAAGCUCGGAUUUGAUCUGGACGACGGUUCGUCGCCGAGUGACUUACAACAAGCUAAUCCACAAGAAGCCCGUAAACAGUCCAUCCAAAGAUGCAUCCAGUCAUUGGUACAUGCGUGUCAAUGUCGUGACGCUAAUUGUCGGUUACCGUCGUGCCAGAAGAUGAAACGCGUUGUCAGCCACACGAAAUUGUGCAAACGGAAAACGAACGGUGGUUGUCCAAUUUGUAAGCAACUUAUCGCACUGUGCUGUUACCAUGCAAAACAUUGCCAGGAUGCCAAGUGUCCGGUUCCGUUUUGUCCCAAUAUCAAAAUCAAACUCAAGCAACAACAAUUGCAACAGAGAUUACAACAAGCGCAACUGUUACGUCGUCGUAUGGCUGUUAUGAAUACUCGCACAAUGGCACCAAGUACAAUAUCAUCAAGUCUGCCCGCUAUUCAAGGUCCCAUGGCCGGUGGAAGUGGAAGCAUGAGUCCAUCAUCUGUGUCUUCACCUGUCUCGUCGAUGGGUGGAAUGGUUAGUCCACAUCAGGGUAUCGGUCUGAAACCUGGUACACAAACACCACCAGCAAAUGUCUUGCAAGUUGUGAAACAGGUGCAAGAAGAAGCAGCAAGACAGCAAGUCCCUCAUGGUGGCGGUUUUGGUAAAGUUGCACCUACUGGCGUUCAAAUGCCACCACCUGUUAUGCAACGAAUGCAGCAACAGCAAAUGAUUGGCGGACUACCCAAUCCUCAACAGCAACAGCAGCAGCAACAACAACAGCAAAAUCUGCCGAUGUCUGGACCGGGAACGAGUAGUAAUUUGUUGCCAAUGAAUGAAUGGGGUCAUAGAUAUCCAAAUAAUGCCAAUCAACCGGGACUAAGGCCUCCCAACCCAAAUCAAAUGAUGCAACAGAAUCCUAUGCAACAACAGCAACAACAACAGGGCAUGAUGGGAAUGGUUGGUGGUCCUGGUGGCAAUCAAAUGAUGAGUGUAAUGCGCCCUGGUGGAGUUCAGCCAGGUGCAAUGGUUCAAGGCCAACAUGCAGGCAAUCAAGCACCGAAACAUGCAUUACAACAACUAAUGCAAACGUUGAAAAAUCCAACUUCCGGUCCCGAUCAACAAACACAAAUUCUUCAAAUUUUGAAGUCAAAUCCUCAAUUGAUGGCUGCCUUUAUCAAGCAGAGACAAGCUUCACAGCAAACACAAAAUUCUGCCGGUGGAGUUGGUCCACAGCCUGGAGGUAAUCAGCUGGUUGGUAAUAUGCAACAACAGCACCAACAACAGCAGCAGCAGCAGCAGCAGCAACAACAUCAGCAGCAGCAGCAGCAGCAACAGCAGCAACAACAACAACAAGUGCUGCCACCGGGACAAAUACCUCCAAAUAGAAUGCAAGUAAUGCAAAAUUCAAUGCUCGGCCAAACUGGAGUUCCUAAUCAACAACCGGUUCCGGUUGGAUAUCAACAACAGCAACAACAGCAGCAACAGCAAUUCAUGAAACAACAACAAAUCAUGAUGCAACAACGUCAAAUGCAAAUGCCAUCAAAUUACCUUCCACCAUAUCCACAACAGCGAGCCCGUGCACCAAUGGGCGGUUUUCCCGGCGGAGGUUUCGCUCCCGACCAACAAUAUGCGCUGCAGCACGGUCUCAAACCGCCAAACAAUCAACAAGGUGGCGUACUACAAUCGUCACUGCAACAGCAACAAGGCCAAAUGAACCAAAACGUAAUGGGUCCACCGACACCGCACAAUUCCAUGCAACAGCAUGUGAUGCAAUCGGUCCGAUCGCCUCCGCCGAUAAAAAGUCCACAACCGACACCGUCACCACGAGCUGCUCCAUCUCCACGCGCUCAGCCAUCAGCAUCGCCACGUGCCCAACCGAGUCCACAUCAUCUGCCUAGUCAUUCACCAGCACCACAACAGGGCGGACCCGACAUGCACAAUCAUAUGCAUCCGCAUCAGUCACCCGCAUCCAACGACAAUAUGGGACCGGCCAAUGACGGUUCCAUCCAGUUGACCGCCCAAGAUCAGCUAUCCAAAUUUGUGGAACAAUUGUAGUAACGCAUGAUGAUUGAUGUGUGAUCAAUAAAAGUGCGUAAAUUGUGAUGAACGUGGUGCAGUGGUUACGGUUAUGUUUAUCAGGCGAAAAAAGAAGAAAUAAUAAAUAAUCCGACGGUGACUUUAAAAUCGAUGUUGAUGAUGAUGAUGAUGACGGUGUAUGUGAUAUUUAAUAUUUUGUUGUUGAUUAUUGUUUGCAUCAUCAUAAUUUUGACGACUCAUUAGUUUCGGAAAGUGAUUUAUCAAUAUUUUUACAGAAUGAAAAAAAGAAAAUUCUUUUUUUCUUCAUUUUCUCUUAAUCUGAUUUGGAUAAGAGAAAUAAACCGAAUAAACAAUCACACCCACUUUUCAGUACUUAUAAAAAUAAUAGUCGAAUGUUUAUAUGUUGUUUCUUAUUUUCCGCAUUAGAACUUUCCUACACCCCAUUCAUACACACAAUCACUCAAACUAAAAAGAAAAACAAAACAAAAAACAUUUCCCUAACGCAGAUAAAUAAUACAUUUUUUUGUGACGAAAUCGAAGUCCUGCUAAAAACAUUUUUCUACUUUUUUUGUAACUUUAAACCUUUUUUUAGUUGUAAGUAUCUAUUAAGUGAAGUUAGGUACAUAUUGUGAUUAAUAACUAAAAAUGUUAAACAUGAAUUUAAUAAAAAAGAAAAAAAGAGGACGCAAAUUAUGUUCAGAUGAAAGUUAAAAAUAAAAUUAAAAAAAUUAAAAAAAUCCUAUUUGAAUAGUUGUGUGUUUCCUGCGGACACAUCAAUGAAACAGAAAAAAACGAAAUAGAAAUCCCCGUUUGUUUUCUUUUUUUUAAAUAAUUUAUUAAAAAACUUUAAAAAAAAUCGUAAAAAGUUUGUUCGAUCGGUGAAAUUGUAGGAAAUCAGAAAAUAUCAAGACAGCAAAAAUUUUGUGUCGGUUUAAAAAAAAGGUAAUUGAUCGAAGAAUAAAAUGAAAAAAAAAAAUCAAGUUUCGAACAAAUCUAAAUUAAAUAAAAAUUUAAAAAAAAAAAAUUAAGAAACAAAAAUCCAACUGAACAUUAAACGAAAUUAGUUUAAGCAAAUGAAAAAUUAUUUUUACCAAAAUGUUUCCACUACAAACAUAAAUCUUCCGUUUGCUUAAAUCACAAAUUUCUCCUGUUGUUUUCAAAAAAUAAAUAUUUAAAAAAAACCAACAAACGAAAUAUAAAAUGAACAGAAGCAUUAUACUUGUACGUAUCCUAAUAUUUACGUCUUUCUUUUUUGUUAAGCUAGUUUCUAAAUGAAUAAAUGAAAAUUUACACAAAAUUUACGAAAAAUCUAUACAAUUAUAACGGAAAGAAAACAAUGCCCGGGCAUUUAAUUCGUAUGUUUCUGUUUAGAACAAAAUUUAAAAACAAAUAACCGCACGGUGCGUGUAAUAUGUUGUAAAACAACAUUUUUCGUUAUGCGAGACUAUGAGGUCCCCUUUGUCUUCACUUUUGAGUUUUUUGGCGACACAAAAAGAACUACUCCUCGUCGGGAGAUCAUAUCGUGAACACUCGAGAGAAACUCUUUAAAAACCCUUUUUUCAUCAUCUUCCUCCACCUCUUUUUACUUUUAAACAUUCUCUACGAAUUAGUGUUAUAGGCAGUUCAUCUGAUUUUUCAUGUUUGACCCUUCUGAAAUGUAAAACCCAUUAUGUGGUAAAAUGCUGCUACAUACUCUCUAUAUGUCUCUAAAUGCAAAUUAUUUUUAUACAAAAAAAAGAAUUCUGACAAAAGCAACUGAAACUGUUCGGUAUGAACAAUGCUAUGUGUGUGUGUGCGUCUGUGAAUUGGAUGACAAUUUUCUACCCCAAAAUUUAACCACAAAAAAAACACAUUUUUGAUUCACAUUGAAUCCCAAUCACAUUGCAGCGGCUUUUAAAAGAUGACAAUACAUCGUAGUGAUUAGAUGAAAUAUGCAUCCCAUUCCCAUAGAUUAACCUUAACCAUCAUACGAAAAACACACCGUAAACGGUAUAUUAGUCUGGUCAUAAAUUCCUUCUAUCUCAGUGUUGCGCCUAUUGUGCUCGCAACCUAAAUGACAUCAAUACUUAAACAAAUUAUUAUACCGAAGCAAUCUUUUAGAAACGAAAUUUUUUUACAGUUUUCUACUAAACAAAAUUUUUUACCGAAGCCUUACGCGAAAAGUUGGUCGAUUGUCAAUGGAAGUCAAUUUUGGCUUCGAUCGAAAUGCUUUUCAAUUUUAGAAUUAUAUUAGGUGUCACGUUCAGCGCGCAGCCUUAUGACGGAUUAAUCAUUUUUUUUACACAUUGUGUCAUGCAAAUCGUAUAGCUUAAACAGUUGAAACGGAAAAAUCAUAUUUUGUUUCGAUUGAACCGUAUGCAAUAUUACUGGUGUUUGCUGUUAAGCUUAAUAAAAAUUUCCCAUUUUUAGAUCCGCUACGGAAACAUUAACUUCGAACGGAAACGGUUUGAUGGGAAAGCUAAUCGGAAUUUUUCUUUGUGUCAUAUUUUAUGUCCCACACUCGUCGUCCCUAGAUGAAUUCAAAGUUUGGUUAAGUAAAAAUCAAUGUCUUUCUUUUUUGUUUUGAUCAAUGUAGUAGCGCCAUCUGUCAAGGCAAUGUAUGAUCAAUAAAAAAAAAAAAAAAUUGUUGCGAUGAUUUCAUUCUUUUACCCUUUUCGUUUAACAUUUUGUGUGGUGUGAUUUUUCAAUGAAUUCAAAUUUGUUUUUGAUUGUAAAUAAACAUUGAACAAUCUGUCAGUCUAAGUAGUUUCCAAAUCUUCCACAAAAAGAAAAUGAAAUUCAACAAACAAAAGAUUUUCUAUUGGAAACAAGACUGACAGUGUGAGAAAAUAAAGAAGUAACAUUGUCAAAACGUUAUUAGCCCAACAUGUUCCACAUGCUAUAUCCACGUUAUUACUUAUGUAUAGCAAUGUGGAUAUCGAAUGUGGAUUUUACUGUGGACUGAAUAAUAAAUAUUGGACUGAAGUGAUCUGUUUCAAUACAAUUCUCACACUCCAUAAAACAAAACAACAAAAAAAUCAUUUUGCAUGAAAAGGUUGCAAUGUUUAUUCAAGUCAUCGAAAUUUUGGUUUCACAAAAGCAAAAUUUCUGUUUCGUUGACAACAAAUGAAUAAUGAAAUACCUCAGAUUCGUUGUUACAAAAUAUUUUCGUUUCAUUUUAUUUAAUGUUCCGGGCUUCCUAAUAAACAAAAUAGAAGAAACAAAAAAUACAAAGAAACAAGACAUAGUUUAUAACAAAACCAAUCCUCCCGUAAUAAAAUGGUCAAAUAUGAAAAUCCUUUCAGGGAGAAUUGUGAACAAGAAAUAAACAAACAAAAAAUUUAGAUAAAACACCGAAGAAGCAAUGACGUACAUUUUUUUAAACACCGCACUGUUUAGAAGAACUUUUCGGGUGAUUUGUGUUUCUUGUGAUUCGAAAUAAAAAAAAUUAUUUUUUCAAAAUAAAAAAAGUUAAAUUUUAAAAAGCAAAAACAAAUCAUUCAACGUAUAAAUGCCCCCGAUUUUUUCUUGUGUAAAUAUUUUUUUUUUUUUUGCAAUAUAAGAGAAA